GCGCGAGGAGCCGAGCGCCCAGGGCUGCGCUUCCCGGGCCGGCGGGGCGGGCGCCCCGGCUGCCCGACGCCUCCUGCGCUCGGCGGCCGCGCGCCCCCGCUCCUCCCUGCCGGUUCCCGGGGGUCCCCGCCAUGCGCCCAGGCUAGUGCGCCCGGGGCGCAGCGCCGACCGGGGCCGCUCCCGCCGCCCGCUCCCGCCGCCGGCAUGCUGCGCCCGCUGCUGCUCGCCGCGCUCUGCCUGGCCGGUCGGCUCGAGCCCGCCCGCGGCUGCCAGCUCCCCUCGGAGUGGAGACCCCUGAGCGAGGGCUGCCGCGCCGAGCUGGCCGAGAUCAUCGUGUACGCCAAGGUGCUGGCGCUGCACCAGGAGGUGCACGGCCUGUACAACUACCUGCCGUGGCAGUACGAGGCCAGCGAGGCGGGGCUCUUCUACUCGGCCGAGAUCGAGAUGCUGUGCGACCAGGCGUGGGGCAGCAUGCUCGAGGUGCCCGCGGGCUCCAGGCUCAACCUCACCGGCCUGGGCUACUUCUCGUGUCACUCCCACACCGUGGUCCAGGAUUACUCCUAUUUCUUCUUCCUCAGGAUGGAUGAAAAUUAUAACCUCUUGCCUCAUGGAGUCAAUUUCCAAGAUGCCAUCUUUCCAGACACUCAAGAGAACAGAAGGAUGUUUUCCAGCCUUUUCCAGUUUUCGAACUGUUCCCAAGGGCAGCAACUGGCGACUUUCUCCAGUGACUGGGAGAUCCAGGAAGAUAAUAGGCUCAUGUGUUCCUCGGUGCAGAAAGCCCUGUUCGAGGAGGAGGACCACGUCAAGAAACUGCAGCAGAAGGUGGCCACACUGGAGAAGCGGAACCGGCAGCUCCGGGACCGGGUGAAGAAGGUGAAGAGGUCUCUACGGCAGGCGCGGAAGAACGGCCGCCACCUGGAGCUGGUGAACCAGAAGCUCAGCGAGAAGCUGGCAGCUGCAGCAGGAGCCAUCCCGCACAUCAACGCCCUGGGGCGGGAGCCUGCACGCAGCUCCUACCUGCGGGGGUAGUGGGACUGCACGUGGCCUGGGCCAGCCCUGCUGGGGCACAUUGCCUCUCGCCAUGGAAUGGAGCGAUGGUGGUUUUGUAUGUACACAUAUUUCAAAUCUUGUAGAAGAUAUUUUUGUUCAUUUUGUAGCAUCUAGUUGGUUUAAAAGGCAAGCUUUGCUUUCCCUCAGUUGCUGGCCUGGUCCCAGACACAGUGCUCCGAAGUCCAGUGGCAGCAGGAUCCCGGAGUGCUGUGUGCUUUCCUGGGGCCUGGCCUCGGCUUCCAGGAGCAGCCUGCAAAGUGCACUUAUUGGGUAAAGAACAUUUUAGAAUCUCUAGAUGCAUGAGACUUUGAGGGGCUUGGCCUUUAUUUCAGAAGAGAGGCAGUGUGGUCUCAGCUCUGAGCUCCAGGACAGCUACUAGUUUUGAGGAGUGAUCAGAAUCAAGUCGUGGAACCUUCUGGUGUCUCAUUUUCCAGAGCUCUGGAAGGAGAAUGGUGGCCUCGCAAAGCACCCAAGGAUGCCUGUAAAUAAACACGUGCGGGGCGUCCCUGCUCCAGCCAGCAUUUCCUCACAGCUGAGGCUUAUUAAGGCCUAAUGAGCUCAUCACGGGUAAGGGAAUUGAGUUGGGAGUGGGGCAGCAGGAAUUAAACAAGAUGAAUUACACCUGAUUUCCAACGCCAGCUACCCAGAGCUGAAGAUGAUCCCUGUGGGUCACUCUAGUCAAGAGCAGAAUUGCCUUUAUGGGCCCGUCAUGUUUCAUCAAACCACACUCCUAAGCUGGAAGGGCCUGAGCAAUAUUGCAGCCACUGCUUAAGUUCGAACUCGUUUACCCAGUAAUUGCUUCCAACUCCUCCAGAUUCGAGGCGAGCCGACCCGAUAUUCUGUGAACUUCUGUUCUGCAGAGAUGCCUCCUGCCCAGCCAGGCUCUCGAAGGGCUUCUUCCAGGCAUUCCAAUCUCUGCUGCUUUGUGCAAACGCUUUCCACCCACCAGGACUGUCUGUCCCCUGGGAGUAAUGUUUGCACAUCAGUCCACUUGUUGUUGUGUCAGUUCCUGGACGUGAUCAAAGCACUUCACCCUCUUUAGAAAAACUUUUAAAGAGAGAACUACACAUAAAAAGUAUUCUCCAUACCUAUCACUUGGGCACAGUCAAUUACUCCCUGUGUUAUUAAGAAGUCAGCUGAGGGGCUGCCUCUUGGUUAUCUUCUGAUGAUGCAGUUCCAAACCCCCAAGUUUCCCUUCAUUGCUGUUUCAGAUAGAAGCUGCAGAUCAGGAGAUCGGCCGCCCAGAGAUGGCCCAGACCCUGCAGGCCCUGAUUGUGCUGUGUUCUCCGUUGGAAAUGGCAGUUACACUGUCAGAUUUCCGUUCCACUGCCUUUAGGAAAACCCCAUCCUUCUUGCUCUGGCAGCCAGUCUGGGGCAGGAGCCUGUUUCACAUGAGUCUUGGUGGCAGGAUUCUGCCUGAGAGGAGGCAUCUACGCCCUGGACUAGAUAGCAUGGGAACUUUUGCUCAAGGGUACUUCAUGUCCAAGCUUCUGCCACUGCUUUACUAGCUGUAUUCUUCAUAGUGUGGUGCAUUAGAAGGCGCAUCUUCUAGUCUCUUCUUCCUGGGGAUAUUUCCUUAGAGCAGUUUUCUCCCGCCCAAGGGAAUGGCAAGCCUCAGGUGACUUACAGCCAGGGUUUGGAGAGCUGUGGGAGCUGGAUCACUACAGAUGCAUUAUGUUCUGCCUUUGCAAUAAACGAGCAAUAUUUCAGCCACAACAGGAAA